GAAACUUUGAUUUUGUCCGACUUUUUCUUAUCAGUGGGGUCUACCAAUGUACACCGCCUGUACAAAUGCUCUUUAUACGUGCUAAAUUUUCACAUCAAAGAUGGCACCUAGAGGUUCAAUAUGUGGAUUACAUCUGGUUUGUCUGUUUGCAAUUGCCACUUCGUUCUGGGCGAACGCAAGCAUGGACGUAUGGGUAACUAAUAGCAACGGAGGAGACAGACUGUCAAAGAAAGCCUCGUUAUCGCCCACCGGAAGUUCUAACGGAUUCCAUAUAAACGUCGACCGUAACAAGCGUUACCAGUUCAUCUCCGGUUUCGGAGCAGCAUUAACCAAUGCAGCUGCGUACACUCUGUUCCACAGUCCAAGACGAGACCAGAUCAUGGAGGAUCUGUUUGGAUCAUCCGGAAUUUCUAUGAGCUAUCUAAGGUUGCCAAUGGGAGGCACAGACUUUCAGGGAGUACAGCCUUACACCUACGAUGAUCUGCCAUCCUGGCAACACAACGACUUCCAUAUGGACCAAUUUUCUAUCCAGAAGGACCGUGAUUUUAUCAUCCCCAUUCUCAAGCAAGCUCUGAAAAUCAACCCCAGCCUGAGGAUCAUUGCUACGCCCUGGUCCGCUCCUGCAUGGAUGAAAACCACAAAUUCUCUCUUUGGGGGAGAAUUUCACCAUGGCAACAACUACCAACAGGCAUAUGCUUUGUACUUUGUAAAAUUCAUUCAAGCGUACCAGAGCGAAGGGAUUUCAAUUGACGCUAUUUGCCUACAGAACGAACCCAAACAUUCGGAAAAUUCUUACCCAACGAUGAAACUCAGUUGGGAAGCCGAGAGAGACAUUAUAAAGAAUUACCUCGGACCUGCCUUCAAUCAACACAGCAUAAACACAAAGAUUAUCAUUUACGACCAUAACUGGGACGACACAAGCUACGCUGGCAACAUUCUGUCCGACGGGGGAGCUGCUCAGUACAUCAGAGGAAGUGCAUGGCAUUGUUACGGUGGCCGCCAUGACACCUGCGGGGGAUUCCACAAUCAACAUCCAGACAAGGACAUCUACUUCACCGAGUGCUCGGGCGGCGACUGGGCGCCCGGAUUCAAUGUCGUGUGGGGCGUCCGAAUUCUCUCUAUUGGCCAAACACGCAACUGGGCCAAAACCGUCAUGUACUGGAACAUCGCACUAGAUGAUAACCACGGGCCAAAAGUCGGCGUCGGAGGCUGUAACAACUGCAACGGGGUGAUUACCAUUCACGGAAAUGGCGAUACGACGAAGAAUACCGAGUAUUACAUCAUAGGUCACAUGUCAAAGUUCGUUUUUCCGGAAGCUGUUCGAUUAGACACCCCCGCCUUCGGUUGGGAUGACGUGCAUUCAGUUGCGUUCCAGAAUAAUGACGGGAGCGUGGCCAUUGUGGUUUUAAACCCCCGUAAUGACAGGGACCAGACGUUUUAUAUUGAUAUUGACGGCCAACAUUACCAAUACACCCUCCCAAGAGAAUCGGUCGCAACAUUUGUAUACCGCAAUUAGGAAUUUCAACCUAUAUCAACUUUUAGUGUAUCUUCUGUAGAUAAUUAUCUUUUCAAAAUCAAUACAAAUUUUGUUAAGCGUUAACGAUACAUCAAUUUUAAUAGCCGUGAUUUAUCUUUGACAACUCACAUGCAUACACAUUGGUAACAAACUGUAUACGAGUACGGUGAUAAAGGUUACAAAUGGCCACACCAAAGAAGCUCAACAAUAGGAAAGAGGAACAUAGUUAAAUGACUACCCAACUAAAGAGCUUAGAUUUUUUGUAAAAGUGGUAAAAAUUGAUGCAAUCUUUGAUAAUCUUCUUCUAUACUUUAAGAAAA